GAGCAGCACAUGCUUCCAGUCUCCAGCAAGCAGAGAUCCGUAGGAUAAGUAAUCCCUUCCUGUUGUGAUCGUGAUCCUUCCACCCUAAUCGACGAUGCCGGCCGCAGGUUUCUCGGUGUCGGCGUCGGCCGGCAGCGAGUUCGAUGCGAAGAUCACGCCCAUAGUCAUCAUCUCCUGCUUCAUGGCUGCUACUGGUGGUUUGAUGUUUGGAUAUGACGUUGGUAUUUCCGGGGGUGUAACGUCGAUGGAUGACUUCCUCAUCAAGUUCUUCCCGGAGGUGUACCGCCGGAAGCAUGAGACGAAGGAGAGCAACUACUGCAAGUACGACAACCAGGGGCUGCAGCUGUUUACCUCCUCGCUCUACCUGGCGGGCCUCACCGCCACCUUCUUCGCCUCCUACACCACCCGCAACCUCGGUCGUCGCCUCACCAUGCUCAUCGCCGGCGUCUUCUUCAUCGUGGGUGUCAUCCUCAACGGAGCUGCGCAGGACCUUCCCAUGUUGAUCGUCGGUAGGAUACUCCUCGGUUGCGGUGUAGGGUUCGCCAACCAGGCCGUUCCUUUGUUUCUGUCAGAGAUUGCACCCACCCGAAUCCGUGGCGGCCUCAACAUCCUGUUUCAGCUCAAUGUCACCAUCGGCAUCCUCUUUGCCAGCCUCGUCAACUAUGGAACCAACAAGAUUCACCCGUGGGGAUGGAGACUGUCCCUUUCGCUGGCGGGCAUCCCGGCGCUGCUGUUGACGGUGGGAGCGUUGCUGGUGGUGGACACGCCCAACAGCUUGAUCGAGCGCGGGCGGCUCGAAGAAGGCAAAGCGGUGCUCAAGAAGAUUCGCGGGACGGAGAACGUGGAGCCCGAGUACAAUGAGAUCCUCGAGGCGAGCCGCAUCGCCCACCAAGUGAAGCACCCCUUCCGCAACCUCCUCCAGCGCCGCAACCGCCCUCAGCUCAUCAUCGCCAUCUUCCUCCAGAUCUUUCAACAGUUCACUGGAAUCAACGCCAUCAUGUUCUACGCUCCGGUGCUCUUCAACACGUUGGGAUUCAAGAGCGACGCCGCGCUCUACUCCGCCGUCAUCACGGGCGCCGUGAACGUGCUGUCGACGGUGGUGUCCAUCUACUCGGUGGACAGGGUGGGGCGGCGGGUGCUGCUCCUGGAGGCGGGGGUACAGAUGUUCCUCUCCCAGGUGGUGAUCGCGGUGGUGCUGGGGCUUAAGGUGUCGGACCACUCCGACAACCUGGGCCGCGGCUACGCCAUCUUCGUGGUGUUGAUGGUGUGCACCUUCGUGUCGUCGUUCGCCUGGUCGUGGGGGCCGCUGGGGUGGCUCAUCCCCAGCGAGACGUUCCCGCUGGAAACACGGUCGGCCGGGCAAAGCGUGACGGUGUGCGUCAACCUUCUCUUCACCUUCGUCAUCGCGCAGGCCUUCCUCUCCAUGCUGUGCCACCUCAAGUACGGCAUCUUCGCCUUCUUCUCCGCGUGGGUGGUGGUGAUGUCGGUGUUCGUCCUCUUCUUCCUCCCCGAGACCAAGAACGUGCCCAUCGAGGAGAUGGCGGAGAAGGUGUGGAAGCAGCACUGGUUCUGGAAGCGGUUCAUAGCUGAUGAUGACGACAAGACUAAUGGCGCUGAUGGAGCUGUUAAGCUGGCGCGGCCAUAGGAUGAAGCGGUAUUCUGUUCUGUACUGCGCUUAGCUCGUCCCACAUACACACAUGAUGUAUAUUAAUUACACUGUACUAUUACUCGAGGAAUGCAGUGAUUACUAAUUGUCACUCACGCAACAAUUAUCGAGAAAUAAGCCAAUUCGAUAAAAUCAUUAUGCUUAAUCGAUAUAAUUAUUAUUUUU